AUCUCCUGUCCAUAUUUAACUGCGGGACCAUUGGUGGACUAUGACAUGCAUUAGGGCUCUGCAGAAAUCCAUAGUUAGGGUACCGUGUAGAGUUCAUGCAUAAUCUUCUAUACGCUACAACAACGACGGUAUGCAGCAUGCUCUGCGAAGGCACGUGACUAAAUAAGGACAUUAGGUAGGCUACAAUUACGUUAAUUUAGCGCUGAGUAGUUUAAAUUCUCCCUGCGCCCUCCUGACAGGCCUGAAUGGUUGUUAUGUAUCCUGGUCCCUGCGCAGAUACCCCGGGGCCUGCAGAAAAAAGCUGCGCGCAAUAGAGAAGGCAAGCGGCAUGGAUAAACCUACCAGCACCGACUCCUGCAGCAAGACAAGGCUACUACGCUUUCUUACCCCUUGUUCGAGGAGAGCCCGCAGUGUUAUGAUCAUUGUGGGGGAGCAGCCCUAUAGCAGCAGGCUACAAUCCACUCGUUUGGCCGAGAUCGUUCGUCCUUCUCAUGCUUCUUUGUAGCGCACCUACCACCGGAGAGCCACCGCACCUUUGGGCGUCAGACAGAUUAGUUAAAGCGGUGUAGCUGAUCCCACGCCAUCCGCUAUUGGUGGCUCUGACCUGUCGCUGUCAACAGCGAUAAGCCAAUUAUGUGUUUAAAGGCGAGAAACUAAGAAUAGCCCCAAUUACAGCAAAAAGUUGCAGUUCUUCAGCGUGGUGCUGGUGGUCAUACAGCAAAUGAAUUGGGCACGAUGUACAGUUAAUGUCAUUGAUGAAUUACCUGGCUUCGCGGAGCUGCCUUUACUGAGAGGACGUCAAAACAGCAAUGCGAUGAUCACAAGGAUUAUUUUGGAUCCGUGGUGGGAGCACUGAAGAUAAUACGAAGGAUCACACUGCUGACAUAGGUUACAUAUCGUACCAGGUUCGUGAUUGGAAUGUGUGCAGGAUGAGCAGCACAUUUGUGACAUUAGCUGAAGUACUGGAGGCUCGAGGGGGACCUCUGCUGGAGGAGGAGGUCUGGUCCCUGCUGCUGGCCACUGCAGAGUCUUUAGUGGAUGCCUCUUAUAAGGGUCAGAACAACAUGUGUAGUAUCAUAAGCCCCACCUCUUUGCUGCUGUCAGCCACUGGUACCUUAGCAUUUAAGAAUUGUGGCCUAUCAGAGGAUGUUUCCACCUUCACCGCUCCAGAGAUGCUGCAGGGCCGUGCCAGCUCAACCAAACCUGCUGUAGAGAGGAUGCUGGUGUAUUCACUGGGUAUGACUCUCUACUGGUCGGUUGAUUUUCACCUACCUCAAAAUCAGCCGGUCCAGUUGAGUGACCACCUGAACAGCCUCCUGCUCAGCAUGUGUGAGGACCUGGCCCACCGCAGGGUGAACCUCAUCUCCAUCCUGGAAGCCUGCGAGUCUCAGCACAAAACCAACAUCCUGCCGCCACCCCCCACAGUCAUCCGACAGCUGGUGGAGGAAGUUUUUCACGAAUCAAUGGACCAUGGCUCUCUGCCAGACAGUCAGGUCCCUUUGAGUGGCAGGAGCCAGAUGAUCAGAGAGAGACUUCAUGGAAAGAAAGGGCCACUUUCAGACUUCAGCGAAGGGAGUGCUGAAGGGAGAAGAUACUCAACAGACUCGGACUCAAAGUCAGUUAAUUUACCUCAGAGACCUUGGAGACAAAGACCAAGGAGCUCUCCCACACCGCUGUACCAGUCUUCUUUAGAAAGACUCCCUCGUGGGGUCCGUCACAGGGACAGCAACUGCAGUUGGCUUGGUAGGAGCCCCCAACACGACUCCUCUCCCAAAACAUCAGGCAGAUCGCACAGUCCUUCCAUCACCUUCAGCGAGUCCUCCAUCAGCCUGAGCCAGAGGACAUCGAAGGCUUUGGGUCCUGAGUUCGUCAGAAUGCCAGAUGAACAACACAUUGUUCUCGAUCUCCCAGGAUCUAUUGUGUCCAGAAAGGGCCGUUCGUGUUCGUCUCAGAGAGAAGUGACUGUAGUUCUGCUUAACGGGCAGUAUGUGGUGGUGCGCUGUGACAUUAAGUCCAGAGGAAGAGAUGUGUUUGACAUGGUGGUGGCUCAUGCAAACUUGGUGGAACACUUCUACUUUGGUCUUGCCUUUAUAGAUGAUGAUGAAUAUUUUUUCUUGGAUAAUGAAACAAAAAUCUCCAAAAUUGCACCUGACAGUUGGAAAAAAGGGCAGAUUUUGUCCUUUUUGGUGUUUCUGCGAGUCAAAUUUUUUGUUGAUGAUAUGUCCUUUGUUUUGCACAAACUGACUCGACACCAGUACUACUUACAAGUGCGUAAGGAUAUCCUGGAGGACAGGCUUUACUGUAACGAGGACACUGGCUUGUUUCUGGCUGCUCUCGCUCUGCAGGCUGAGUUUGGGGAUUACAUGCCAGAGCUUUAUGGUAAGAAUUACUACCAGCCAGAGCAUUAUGUGUCCAAGAGAAUGCUAGAGAAGCUGGCCCUGCCCAAUGUCAAGGAAGAGUUGCCAAGACUACAUGCAAGUCAUUCCCAGAUGCUUCCUGAAGAGGCAGAAACAGAGUACUUAAAGAUUGUCCAGCAGUUACCAGAGUAUGGGGUUAUGUUCCACCGUGUGGGGAGAGAGAAAAGGACAGUGGUGGGAGAGUUGGUUUUGGGAGUCUGUGCCAAAGGAAUAAUUGUGUACGAGAUGAAGAACCACCUCCGAACCGUCACCAGACGCUUCCUCUGGAGGGAAACCGACACCAUAUCAACUGGGCGGCGUAAAUUGAUUAUAGAGUGUGGUGGGCCCAGUGGAAAAAAGCACAGUUUUAUAACAGAAAGCUCAAAAAUAGCACAGUACUUCCUGAACCUCUGCUCAGCACAGCACAAGUUUCAUAGUGAGAUGACGUCAAGACAACUUAACCACACCAUCAUACCAGAUGAAAACAUGAAGUACAUGACCGUAUACAGAGACCGUAACCUGAACCUGAAGCAGUUCUCCUGCUCAGAGGGCAUGUUGAACCAUGUGGGUUUGACACCUGGUCAACCAGACUCCCUCUCCAAGUCCUGUGAGAACCUGACUGCCAAACUGGAGGCGAGGCUGCGCCAGCAGAGGGAGAUGAGGAGGGAGAUGAGCAGAGAGCUGAACAAGGAGCUCACUGAAGCUGAAGACCUGGGGGACAUGAAGGAGCAACAAUGUUGGAGCACUCCAGAGCCGAUUCCCAGAAUGAUGUCCAGUGUGUCACUACAGAAGCAGGACUCUGAAGCCUCGUUCUCCAUACGUGUUGAUACACCAACGAGGACUCCACCAGAGAGAGAGAUAGUCUGUGUGACCCUGAAGAAAGAUCCCAAACUGGGCUUUGGCUUUGUGAUAGUGGGCGAGGACAAUACAGGCAAACUGGACCUCGGGAUCUUCAUUGCUUCCGUUGUGUCUGAUGGGCCUGCGGACAAAGAUGGACGAAUAAAACCUGGUGGACGUCUCAUCUCCCUCAACAAGACAAGUUUGGAAGGAGUGACAUUCACUGACGCUGCUGCCAUCCUACAAAACUGCCCAGACGAGGUGGAGCUCAUUGUGUCCCAGCCUAAAUACUCUCUAAAGGACAGAAGGGGUUCAUUUAGUCACAGUACCCUGGGUUUGGCGCUGGAGAGGGGCUUUGGGUCACAGACCACACUGUGCAGCGCAGAUUUCCGUCCCGUUGUGGAGGAACUGGAGGAAGCCAUCACUCUGUCCAACACGGCAACCCCCAGACAGAGCAGGAGGCUUCACAUUCCUGUGGUGCGAAUACAUGACGCCAAGGAUGUGUGUUCUAGGUCUCCCUCUAUCAUAAGUUUAAGAAAUGGCGAGCGCUUUGUAGUGGAGCUGAAGAAAAGCAACGGUAGUCUUGGCAUCAGUGUUGCUGGAGGAAUAAACACCAAUGUGCGAUAUGGAGGCAUCUACAUCAAGACUCUGGUGUCUGGAAGUGCUGCAGAGCAGGACGGGCGCAUUCAGAUUGGUGACAGACUGCUGGAGGUUGAUGGGUCCAACCUGAGGGGCGUGACUCACCCCCAAGCUGUCGAGUGCCUGAAGAGGACUGGGGAGGUGGUGAGCCUGCUUUUGGAAAGGGAGCCCACAAUAGUCUUGGAGCCCAGAUCUGACUCACCCUGCCGCCCUUUGGCCCAAAGUUCAUCACAUACACAGCCCUCCAGGACGGAUGUCUCCAUGGAAAUGACCUUGAGUGGUCGAGCCAAGGACUACAGCUUUGUGACUGAUGAAAAUAUGCAUGAACUGGUGCUGAAGAAGAGUUUGUCUGGCCUCGGCUUUAGCUUUAACAUCUCACAUAUGCACUCGGGGCCAGACCGGGGCAGCGUGGUCCGCAUCAAACGUCUGUUCCCGGGUCAACCAGCGCUAGAGAGCGGCCUGCUGCAAGCUGGAGACGUUAUUCUGUCCGUCAACAAAGAGCCUGUGAAAGACCUCUCUUACCAGAGGGUUUUGUUCCUGCUACGUGGAGCUCCAUCUGAAGUUCAUCUACUAAUCUGCCGACCAGGUCCUGGAGUAUUGUUCGAUUUGGAUGACAACACACUGAGUCCUGCUUACUUCCGUGAGGUUCGAUCUCAGUCUCUGGACAUCCGACUAGGAGACGACUACAGCCAGCUCCUCAGAUUUCAAUAUGAUUCUAUAAUAUCUGCCCAGAAGCAGGCCCCCACCCCUGAGGAGGAUCUGACAGACACAGCAGAGGAAACCCCAGAUCCUCCUGCAGCUCCAGCACUCCCAAAGACCCAGGAGAGUCUGGAUGGUAAAGUGCAGGCACACCAGACUCCUCCGUCUCGUCCUCGCUCACCCCCGUCACCCACCUCCCCUAUAUCACCUCCGUCACCAGUCUCACCUGCCUCACCUGCCUCACCUGCCUCCCCAGUAUCGCCUCACCCACCCGCCUCACCCGUCUGUGGCUCUCCUCCAGCUCAACCAGAGGUGCAACCAGCCACUGGGAAACCAGAGGCACAACAGGAAGUAGAAGCAAGGAAGCAGAACAAGGACAGAGAUGAGAAAGAAGAAGUGGAGAUUGCAACAACAAAAGGCUCAACUGUGAUGCUUAUGGAUGUCUGCCCUAAGUCUGGAUCGAAAUAUGUAUAUGCAAGUGGAGUCAGAGAGGAUGCUGAUGGCAGUGUGACCUACUGCCUGAUGGGAAAUGGACUGACUAUCAUGGCAGAUGAAGAGUACCUGACCAUCAGCUCCACAAUGGAGAACCCUCGCAGCCCCCCUUCCAAUGUGUCCACUCAGACUCCAUCAUCCAACGUCAAAGUCCUCCACCCUCGAACCUCCGACAGGACUUCUAGUUUCAGCUCUCACAAUCCCACCCUCGCUCCUAACCUGCCCACGACCACCGUCUCGCCCCUCAGCCUCUCGUCUGACACCCCGACCACUCUCUCCCUGGCCCACCCAUCCCCACCUCUCACCACACAGCCACCGAAAGCCAAGAACCACCCGAUCCAGCAGGGUCUGCUUUCAAGUCACUACAAAGCCGUCGGCAAGAACAGUCGGCCUCUGGUGUCCCCACCCCAGCCUCCGCCUGCAACCUCGACCCCCAUCACAGCGCAGGUCGGCCCCUCUGUGCCUCCCUGUGCCAGCCCACCUGCCCCAACACCGCUGCCCGCCCAGAGCCACACACAGCAUAGAGAAGAGCCCGAGAAGAGAGAGAGGGAAUACAAGGAUUACGAUUACGAGGAGAGUGAGGAAGAGGAGGCAGAGAGUCGGAGAAAGUGCUUUGUUAAAGAGUUUGAGCUGUCAGUGGAUCUGACCAAGUCGAGGAAUGGAAGCUUUGGGUUCACCAUCACUCGAAGCAAGCUGGACAACUGCUACUACAUCCAGGAAAUACUGGACAACCCAGCAAAGUCAGAUGGACGACUCCGGGCGGGAGACAGGCUCAUCACAGUAAACAGACACGAUGUAACCAGUGUGGCAGAUGAUGUUGCCAUGACAAUUCUCAGGUCAACUCCGAGAAGACUGAGCAUGACUGUGGGGAGAGCUGUGACCAACCUGGUGGCCCCGCCGUCCUGCGACAGCCUGCCUGAUGUAGUUAUCUACAAGACCCCCUCAGGACAGCUGGGUAUAAAGCUGACAGGAGGCAUCGGCAGCAAAUGGCAGGGCAUCUACUGUCUACAGCUGGUGCCAGGCUCUCCAGCCAGCGAGGAGGGCAGCGUCCAACCCAAUGACAAGAUCCUCUAUAUCUGUGGCAGGUGCACCCUGGGAAUGACCCUGGAGGACGCAGUCAAAGCCUGUGAGAUCGCCCCUCGUAAAGUCAAGCUUAAAAUAAUCAGAGAAGACCAGCCCUUGAACCCCAAGGCUAAGUGGAACGGUCUGUUUGACUGGAAAAAGGACAAGAAGUUCUUAGCUCGUUUCGAGGAGCCCGUCUCUCCAGAGAAGGAGUCUCCUUCCGAAGAUGCCGAACCUGUGUCUAGAUCUUCUGGAAAUUACAGAUGUCAAUCUAUUGCACAGGAACAUGAUAGUUGCAUCAUGCAGGUGGAGUUAAAAAAACCAGAAGGAGGAGGCCUUGGCUUUGCUUUGAUCGGGGGAACCAAUGGCAGCAUGCUCAGAGUGAGAGAAAACUGCUCUGGUGGAGUCGCUGAGCAGGAUGGUCGUCUGAGAGUGGGAGAUAUCCUUUUAGAGGUGAACGGUGUGAUUGUGUCCGGGCUCAGCCACAGUAAGGUGGUGGAUAUUCUGCGUAAAGCUGAAGGCUCUGUACAGCUCACAAUCUGCAGAGACAGGCCUCUGACCUACUGCGAGUCCCCGACACCGCCCAGCAUGUCUGCUAAGGAAGCUGUUUUAGCCGAGCAGCCGGCUCCUGCCUCCAGCCAUGGCAGCUGUUCCUCUCCUGACAUCAUGCUGAGAAAACCAGUGGAGUGCCCGCCUGAGGCCACAUCAGACCCUUUGGUCAAUGAAGCUGGUGUUUUCGUUGCCUCAUCGCCUCCUCCACCACGCAGAAUGACCAUCGUAACUGAUGACAUUACAAUUAUACCGGAGAGCUGUAACAACAGCCCUUCUCAUCAAGCCUGCUGCCCACCCCUCAAUGUCACUGACAUGUUGCAUGGAGCUUCUGACAGGAAACAAAUUGUGACCAAACCUUUGGACCGGUCCUGCAAAGACAUCCGGAAAAAACAGUCAGACGGCUGGAGCAGCGAAGAGGAAGAUGAUGAUGUGUUUGACGAAACGUGUCGAGAAACCACACCCCAAACAGGCCCACCCAUAGUCUCAGAGGACGAACUAGCCAGUUUGGCUCUCAUUAGCCCCUCGAGGACCAGUCAGUAUUCAGGCUGCAGAGUCAAAUCCCUCAUCCAUAUUCUGCAGCAUCAACUGGACCAGCAGGAACUGAUCAAAGAGUUCAUGACUCUGGAGCAUCUGAAGCCUUCGGACAACUGUCUGGUUGGAAAAGCUCCUGAGAACAGAGAUAAGAACCGCUACAGAGACAUCCUACCCUAUGACGAAACUCGUGUUGCCAUUGGAGACAAGCAGGACUACAUCAACGCCAGCUACAUCCGCAUGAAAGUUGGCGAAGAAGAGCUCUUCUACAUCUCCUGCCAGGGCCCUCUGCCUACCACAGUGCCAGCUUUCUGGCAGAUGAUCUGGGAAAACAAGUCUGACGUCAUCGCCAUGAUGACCCAGGAAGUAGAACGGGGACGGAUCAAAUGUCACAAGUACUGUCCAGAGAAGCUUUCCGUGCCUCUGGACACAGGCAGGUACCAGCUUCACCUGGACAACCAACAGUACCUGGAGCACUUCCACAUCAAGAUCAUCCGCAUGGUGGAGACAGAGACCGGGGAGACACAUUUUGUUCGUCACCUGAAGUUCACACACUGGCCUGACCACGGAGUGCCGAAAAGCUCUGAGCAGCUGGUCCGUUUCAUCCGCUACAUGAGGGCGGUGCACCAGAAGGGACCGGUCACUGUGCACUGCAGCGCCGGCAUCGGACGCACAGGAGUUCUGAUCUGCACUGACGUUAUCCUCAGCCUCAUUGAGAACGACCUGCCUAUUAACGUGAGCGAUGUCGUAAAAGAGAUGAGACUCCAGCGCCAUGGGAUGAUUCAAACCAAGGACCAGUACUUCUUCUGCUACAAAGUCUGGUUGGAGGUUUUACAGGGCAUUUUACAGCUUCACAGCAACCAAUGGCAACCGGAAAGUCCCCGAGACCACAAAUUAGUUUGAAUGUUUCCACCUCCGGUUCACACACCUGUAAAGCACAGACUGCGUAUGAGUAACACGUGCAGUCUAUCAAGUUAGUUUGGUUAGUUAUAAUAAGAAUGCGUACUCCUGUUUUGAUACUUUGUGUUGAGGAGGCCGAAUGUUUAGUUCCAAUGACUUCAACUUUAACGUGUUUUGUUCUCUCGGUGCUGUGAUUAUAUUCAUUUAAUUUAGUCACUGAGGUUGUUUUGCCUUUUCAGGCUUAGUGAUUUGCCUUCUGUCUUUAGCAUCUUUUUGCGUCACUUUGUGAAUGAAUCUCAUUUACUUUUUCUCCAUGUCCUUUUUUUUGCAAAUUGCAUUUAUUUUUAACGCUUAUAAUGCAUGGAAUUUAAAACCUUAGAAUAUUCACAAUUUGUAUCUGGCAGUAAUGUCAUCGAAGUGCACAAAUGAACAUGAGAUCAUCAUACCAAAGGGAGUAUCUGUUUGAAACCUUGAGUAGCAUUUGAUUAAGCAUUGAGUUAUCAUUUCAUUAAGUGCAUUCGUACCCUGGAGAAAAUGGCAUUAGCAAAAGAACACUAUUGAUUUGUCAGUUCAUCAUCUACGGAAAUGUAAAGAAUCAAGUGCCUUGGAAUGACUCACACCGCUUGCUCCACAUUGACCUCGAGCCACUUGUCACAAGCGGUCGGGGAUGGAGAGCAGGAAACGGAUUUGAGAGCACCCGGGGGUGGUUAGAUUGAAUGUGCAGCUUUCAGUCUGUUUGAGGUCUGAGGUGAAUGUUUGGUUGAUCCAAACCAGAGGAGGAUUACAUCUCACCCUUUAGUUUAAUUGUAAUUUAGAAACAAUGUGAAGUUUGCACACCGCCUCUCAAUCUGUCUUUGUUUGUGGGCCCAUUUUAUACAAAACACUAUCACAGUAAAGUCUUACUACACAUAAUCACAACUUGCACAUCCUGAUACAGAUAAAGAAUUAUUCAACAUAACAAAUCUUUGAAUAAAUUCAUGAAUUUUCAAUUUACUCUAAAAAUGUACAAAUCAGAUUUAAAUAGUUAGUUUCUGGGCUUUCAGGUGUAAUUUGUUAUGUGACAACAUCCUCUAUCUGUAUUCCAUAGCUAUUUUAAUACAAAUCCAGCCAAGAAAAUGCAAAAAAAUAUAUGAUAAGGUUUAGAAACUUUUCAUUUAGCAACUUCAGAUGAAUAUGUGUACAAAGCAACAGAGCUGCAUCUCCCAGUCACAGAUCGAAUUGAUUUAUAGCUGCUGGUUUGAACCUCAACCUUUGGAUGUAACUGCUUGUAAGCUUUGUUCCUUAAGCCGCUAUCACACACACAGCUCUCUUAUUGCAUGUAGACUCUUAAAGUAGAGAAGUCUGAGCCUGGAGUUUGGAUGAAUGACUUGAACAUGAUCAAAAUGUGGAAUGUAACAAAGCAAUACUCUCCACGAGGAGGAGAGUUCUGAAUGUCGACCUCUUACCUGAAAACAUCUUCCAAACUGGAGCAUGUUGGUCAGAAACAUGCAGUACUGUACCUUUGCCAUAAGGAUGGCUACGCAGAGCCAUCAGCCUCUGUCUGUGUAUGCAGCAUCCUUUCAUCAGCGCUGGUGGGUUGGUUUACCAGCGAUAGGUAGGAAACGCUCUGUUAUGUGCAAGUUCAUGUUCUCUUUGAGAUCCUGUGGAUAUGUUUUCUCCUUCAGAUCUUGGGAAGUAAUUAUUCUUGAAAAAAACAAACAAGCACAUUUUGCAUUCAUCUGUGAAAAUGCAUCUUGUACAGUCAAUCAAGUGCUUAUGCAAUAGCAUUGUGAAAUGUAUAAUAACCCUUAAUUGCACAACUGCUUAUUUAUGCUAAAUUAAUAUAUUGUCACUGUACCAGCCACUAUGUAACCAAUAACUGAGAACAAUGUAAUACCUCUCUCUCUCUCUCUUUAAUUAAAAACUAUUCUGAAA